AUGUGGUCUACAGAGGACAUUGAGGCUGUGGAGGAAACUCUGAUGGACUGCAUCAGAUUCCCAAAACUGAAGAAAAUUAGAUGUGUUAAACAGAUUGAAAUGCCACCACGAAUCAGCACUCUUAAGGAUGCCAUACAUCAUGUUGUCACAAAGUCUGACCAAACUAAAUUAGAGGUACACUACAUCAAUGCGGUGAAAGGACGUGGACUAUUUGCAAAAGGUUCCUUCUGCAAAGGAGAUUUUAUUGUGGAGUACAGGGGUGAAAUGAUGGAGAGAAGGAGAAAACUCUACCACCCAUCCUGUGCUGUUUUUUUGUUCCAGUUUAAGUGGAGAGGGAAAACGUGGUGCAUUGAUGCAUCUAGUGAAGAUGGAUCGUUUGGGCGGUUAGUUAACGAUGACCACCAACAUCCAAAUUGUAAGAUGAAGAAAAUUUAUGUGAAUGGAAAGCCACACCUGUGUUUAUUUGCGCUGAAAGACAUUAACGAAGGAGAAGAAAUCACGUACGAUUAUGAGGGAGACGACUGCCCAUGGAGAACCCAAAAGAGCAUCAGAGCAGCAGGUGACUCUGAUCCUUCUCUCCAGUCACAGACACAGAUGGAUGAUGCUUCUGGUCAAACUAAGUCUCCUCAACAGAUUGUGACAGUGCCAAAAUGAAAAUUAGAUU